AAAUUAAAAAUUAUUUUAAAAAAGUGUUGCAAAGAAGUGUUUUUUUUUUUUUUUUUUGAUUCGUUGUUCUGUUUUGUUCUCUAACAUAAAAUCUAAAUUCUUCGCUUUUCUUAAACUUUUUCGCGUUUAAAUGAUUAUGCAUGGUACCACCACUUGGUAUAAAGGACCACAAUUGGCUCAUCAUACCCAUCACGCUGACUAUCAUCAUCAUCAUCAUACACAAUUACGUUCGUAUCCGUCAUUUGUGUUAAGUGGUUCGUAUCACGAUAACUCAUCUUUGAACGUUUCAACUGGUGGUGCUGGCUGUUUAACACCGAACGGACCCAGCGCUACACCAAUUUUAGUGGAAAGUUCUUAUGCCGGCAUUAAUCAAUUGUCAGCUACGAAUAUUGGAGCCUCUCAGUUAACUAUUUUAAGUCCAACAAUAAAAGUUGAACAAAACUUUGCUGAACCAUUAAGCAGUGUUGAGGAUUAUGCUUUGAAUUUAGAAUCAUCCGGCGGCAAUAAUAAUAUCGAAGGAACAUUCAAGAAACCUAAUAAUUAUUUAUGGUCGAAUAACUCGAAUCAGCCGGCUAUUGAGACAGAAAGCGAAUCAAAUAAUAACUUAUCGACAACAAUUGGUGAGGCGACAUCGUUAGCUAUCUCGGCGACAUCGGUUGCACCGCCAACUCCACCCGCAGAAAAUCAUAUAAAUCUUGAUAUAACAGCAAAAGCGUAUAAUUCAACAUUAAAAUCUAAUCUUGAAACCGAUGUUAUAAAGUUAACGCAACACACUCAACAGCAGCAACAAGAGGAAUCAUCUCUAAAAUCGAAAUCGUUAUUAAACGACUCUGGUUGCAGUAGUCCGACAAGUAAUAAUAACAAUAAUAGCGACACAAUGCCAAUUAGUGGGGUGCAAGGACAAAAUCCUACGCAAGGUUUAGUGCAUUGGAUGAGUGCCGUUAUGGCUGAGCAUAUGACCGGUCAAACGCAUCACGAUCCAACGGCGGUCGGAAUGCAUUAUAUGUGGAAUGGUAAUGUGGAUCAAUGCGGCCAGCACAGCAAAGAUAUCUCGGAAUAUAAUACGUGGCCAGCGCCGCCAACGCUACGUCACCACAUGUCCAACAAACAAGGAUAUGAGGCUAAAAUGAACGAUCAUCAUAAUAAUCUACAAAAAGGUCAUUUUCUGGAAGACAAUCGUUUAGAUCAUCAUAGCGUGACAGGGCAAGGCGGUGGCGUUUUAGGACCUACCGGUGCUGUCGCCCAUCACGGCAAUCAUGUCGGUCAUCAUGGCUCAGCGGCGGCAGCCGCUCUUCUUGUAGUUCCCCAGCCUAUUAAUGCCACGAAAAUUGGCGCUUCAUUGGGUGGGUCUGGUGGGGGCGGGGGAACCGGUGGCGGCGGUACUGGCCGCAAAUAUCAAUGCAAAAUGUGCCCUCAGAUCUUCACUUCAAAAGCAGAUCUGCAAUUGCACACGCAAAUCCAUAUGCGCGAGGCGAAGCCGUACAAAUGCACUCAAUGUUCGAAAGCGUUCGCUAACUCGUCAUAUCUUUCCCAACAUACCCGCAUACAUUUGGGCAUCAAGCCAUACCGUUGCGAGAUUUGUCAGCGCAAAUUCACCCAACUCUCGCAUCUGCAACAGCACAUACGUACUCAUACCGGUGACAAGCCGUACAAGUGUCGACAUCCUGGCUGUCAGAAAGCCUUCUCGCAACUUUCGAAUCUACAAUCGCAUUCACGUUGUCAUCAAACCGAUAAACCGUAUAAAUGUAACUCUUGCUACAAAUGCUUCUCCGAUGAACCAUCGCUGCUGGAUCACAUACCCAAGCAUAAGGAGUCUAAACACCUAAAAACACAUAUUUGUCAAUAUUGCGGCAAAUCGUAUACGCAGGAAACAUAUCUGACCAAGCAUAUGCAAAAACAUUCGGAACGCACAGAUAAACGACCGCCCAUAGUGGCCACAAAUACAAGCGGAACGGUUAACGGGACAACAGUUAGCAAUACUCAGGUAGGCGUGGGAGCGAAUGUGAAUACUAACAAUGGUCCAACCGCGACAGGAGGAGCGGCGACGGGGGGAGGGGGAGUUGGAGUGCCUGGCUCUGGCUCUCAACAUAAUCGUAAUAAUUUAAGCUUGCCACCGGUCUCUAUAGCACCCACCGAUAAUUCCUAUUGGCCGAAAGUCAGCCCUGAUUCGGCCGCCAAUUUGACAGAUGUCAUGCAUCAACAACCGCAACAUCAUCCUCAUCACCAACAAAAUCAUACCGCGCAACAACAACAGCAGCAACACCACCAUCAGCAACAGCAAGCUGCACAGCAACAGCAGCAGCCUCCCACGCAGCCAUCCCAGCAGCAACAACCGCAACAACCAACCCAUAUGGAUUACGGUCAUCAGAAUGGCGGCCCAGGUGGUCCCAACAAUCAACACAACGAUAUGCAGAGUCAUCAUCGUAUGAAUGAGAAUGGACGUGAAGAUAUCGUUUCCACACCUUCCACGGUGGGCCCUUACGACGCGUCAAGUAUUACAAAAACCACUAGCAACUCAGCAUUUACACCGAUCAACUCGAUGCCACCGCAUUUAAACACUCUCUCCCAUCAUCCGAUGGCCCAGCGGCCCUAUCUGUACGAUGCUAUUAGUUUUCAAAAUAAAAAUGUCAACCAGAACAACGCCUCCAACAGCUUUCCGAAUCAAUUGAUUUCAUUGCAUCAAAUACGCAACUAUGCUCAUCAACCGACCGGUCUAACUAUGGCCGGCGAACAUUUGUUGGGCGUUAGCGUAGGUCCGGGUAAAGACAAAGGAUAGCUAUACUUUUAAACACUAUCCUUAAGGCUAAGCGAACACGACAUACGUAUGUUAAGUUUUAGUCUUAAUCGUAUCGUUUACAUUGUAUUGUAGUUUAAUUCUUUAAUAUUAAGUACCAAGUGUUCCGAGCUCUGAUAUAAUUUGUGGUUCGCUCCCUUGUGGAUAAAAUUCUCUGCGUAUUUACUCGCGUUAUUAUUGCUUGAUUUGGCGUGAUGUAAGUCGUCGAACGGGUAACGAAAAUAGCAGCUCUUGUGUUGUGUAGAUUACGGUGGGCGGGCCAAAUUAAAUUUAGGCACACAAUUGCUAACAUUAUGAUCGAAACUUUCCGCUCUACUUGUGUACAAUAAGCAGAGCACAACUCAUUUUCUUUUCAAUAGUAUCUUAAUUUAUCUGUUGUAGUAAGUCGAUCGUUGUCCGUGGUGCAUGGCUAUCCUUCUCCGUUUAAUUUUUUUACUCAUCGCCGAAGAAUGAGUCACAUAUUCAUUUUGUCAAACAGCUUGCAACGCCUGAGAAGGUAGCUUCUGAGACCCCACAAAGUAUAUAUGUAUUCUUAAAAUCAAGCUAUCGAAUGUAAAUUUGGCAGAAACGUUGGAAGUCCUCGCACACAGGUUGAUGUUGAAAUUGGCAGCGCUUGAUUCAAGGCCACGCCUGCAGUAACAGGUAAACCGAGAACACCUCUGCUUUCCAAAUAUAAUAAUUGGCUUAUUACUCAUAAACUGCUAAUUAACUUAAGCAAAUAAACUUACGAAAAUUUAAGAGCAGCAAAGCUGUGUGGGAAAGAUCGACCAAGCCGACACAACACUAUACGCGGAGAAGGAAGCUUCAAAGACACCAUCUUGCCCAGUUUCUAAUUCGGACGGAAAUAUAAGCGUCCGCUUGUCUGUCCAUCUGUCCGCCCACCCAACUGUGUAGUAUCUGUGGAAGACACUCUCGUGUUCGGAAAAAUAAAGAUAUCGUCUACGCUACGUCUGCAACGCCCACAGGCUUACACAACAAAAACUGUGAACACCUUCUCCCACCUUUCCCAGUUCUUCGUUUAUAUACAUUGCACAAAUUUCCACUUUUGUGCUGAAAAUAGAAAAAAUCAACUGCGUCCUCCCAAUUUCGUAGAGGAUGAAAAUUCAAUUCUUUUCCAUUUUUGUAGUUGGUUAUGGGUAGAAAAGAUUCGAUCAAUUACGAAAAUAUAAUUUUCUUACUUGUUAGCUUAUUAUGCCGAAAUUUGGUCCACGUAAGAGUAAUUUGACAUCUGAGCUGCGCCGACCUGUUUGUCGCAUCUCUCCCGUUAAAAAGCUGCCUGCGGAAGAUAAACCUUUAUAUGGCAUCAAAAUCGAUUAAAUAUGAUCCACCUAACAGUAGUUUGAUGUCCAUGUUGUGUCGGUACAUAUUUCGAAUAAAAGGUUCUAAUGGAAUGCAAACCUUCGUACGAAAGCAAAUAUUUUUAUUGAUUUUUAUUUUAACUUAACAAAAAAAAAACAUCAAUUUUACGUUUGUAUGACAAGGUCGGUUCUUCACUUUGAACGUCAGCAAGCGAAAUGACGUGGAAUGAUCCAGUUGGGCCGACUAUAAUGUUUGAAUUUAUUUUCUUUAUGUAUUACAAGACUACUUAUCUUU